AUGUCUAAAUCAGAAACCCAGAUUAUUUUCUAUAAAGAGGAAAAUUUCCAAGGCUGCCACUAUGUCUGUGAUGGUGACUGUGCAGAUUUCCAUAUGUUCCUAAAUCAUGGCAACUCCAUUAGAGUGGACGGAGGCAUCUGGGCUGUGACAUAUGAAAGGCCCAACUUUGCCAGGCACAUGUGCAUCUUACCUCAGGGCUAGUACUCAGCAUACCAGCAUUGGAUGGGCGACAAUGAGGGCCUCAACUCCUGCAGAGCUGUUCACCUGUCUAGUGGAGCCCAGUAUAAGCUUCAGAUCUUUGAGAGAGGAGAUCUCAAUGGCCAGAUGUAUGAAUCUAUUCAGGAUUGCCCUUCCAUCAUGGGGCAGCUUCACUUGCGAGAGAUCCACUCCUGUAAGAUGCUGGAAGGUGUCUGAAUUUUCUACGAGAUGCCUGAUUACCGUGGUAGGCAGUACCUCCUGGGCAAGAGGGAGUACCGAAAGUCCACUGACUGUUCAGUGUCUCCAGCUGUUCAGUCUUUCCACCUUUCCGCCAUAUUGCAGAGUAGUAAUAUGGAUGAGACCACACACUUCUUCCUGGGGGCCAAAUGCUGGCUGGUCUUGUUCUACAAAUAA